AUACUCAGUGAGAUAUUAAGAAAAAUGUUUUAAUCAGGAGGAGAACUUAGACAUGCAACAGGUUGUACUGGGAGGUCAUGGAUUGUCUGUUCAUCUUAAAUGCCACAGGUGAUGUGAACUAGUGUGCAGCAGAAAUUUGGACUGGACGAUGAUCACCAGAGGUCCCUUGAGAACGUCUCUGCCGGGGCUGCUAUAGCGACGCGGAGGACGCCGGCGCCGAGCGGAGCAGCAGGGCCAGAGCCCGGACAUGCCCUUCUCCCAGCUCAUCUACCACUCGCCGGCGGCCGGGCCCGGCGCGGGGCCGGCGGCGUUUCCCGCGUUCCAGUUCCGCAGACGGCACGAGAACCCGGACUGGCGGCGGCUGAGCACCGUGGACGUGGAGCGGGUGUCGCGGGAGGGGGACGUGGCGGCCCUACAGGCGCACCUGGAGCACGUCACCUUCUGCAGCGCCGAGCGGGAGCGUUGCCCGCACUGCCAGAGCCCCGCGGACCCGCUGCUGCUGAAGCUGCUGCGCAUGGCACAGCUCUCCACCGAGUACCUGAUGCACUCCCAGGAGUACCUCAGCGCCCAGCUCGGCAGCCUGGAGGAGGCCCUGAGAGAGACGCAGAACCAGCGUGACCAGCUGGGCAAGGAGGUUGCCCAGCGCUUGCAGGAGAUCCAGGGGCUCAAGGAGGAAUGCCGGCGGAGGAAGAAGAUGAUCAGCACCCAGCAGAUGAUGCUGGAGGCACGAGCCAACUACCACCAGUGUCCGUUUUGUGAAAAGGCUUUUAUGACCUAUUCCUUUUUACAAAGUCACAUUCAAAGACGUCACUCAGGGGAGUCUGAGAUCGAACAGAAGAAGAAAGGAAAUAUAGAAAAAUUGCAGGAUGAGAUUGAAAAACUGAAGGAGCAGUUGCAGUUUACCAAGUCCCAGUUAGAGUUUGAACAGCAGGCUAAUUUGGCCAGGUUGUCUAAGGAAUGUGAGCAAAAAUCAAAAGAAGAAGAGAUUCUACAAGCAUUUCAUAAAUGGAAAGAUGAGGAAAGAGAGAAAUUCACUGAUCAAAUAGAAAAAGUGAAAGAUAUGUUUAUGAAAGAUCUUAAGGAGUUGUAUUCAAGAAAUUCAACCUUAGAAAAUCAACUGUUAGAAAUACAAAAGUCCAAUAUGCAACAAAAAUCCAAUUUAGGAACACUGAAAGACAGCCAUGAAUUUCCAGAGGAGAAACCUCCACGUCCUCAGGAUCAUCCAGAAGUGGUUAGACAUCUGGAAAAACAGGAAAAAAAGUGGACAUCUUUAAUACAAGCCAUCCGUCAUGACCAUGAGACAGAAAAGUCUGUGCUGCAGUCACAGAUUGAAUCAAUCAAAACAUCAGCGAGGGAGGACCUGAACAGAAAUAACACCUUUUACAGGACGAGGAUAGAAAAAUUGGAGCAGAGGCUUCAGCAGCAGAAUGAGAUGAUUACUAAUCAAAAGAAGCGGAUAAAAGAACUGUCCACAAAACCAGCUCCAGGUGUUAAAAUGUAUGAUGUGAACACUCCUGUGGAGAAUCUCCAAGAACCUAAACCAAGUCCACCAAUUACCCCACACGAAAUUGAGAAAAGUGAUCUAAAACCAGGUAGAAGUAACCACUAUUUAAUAAAAGCUCUGAGGUCUGAUCCUUCUUUAACUAAAGAACUGCGAGUUGUUUUGGAGCAAGCUCUGGAGGAGAAGCUGGAAUCCUUGGGAGUUAAAGCAGGUGUUUGUGGGAUAUCAAGUGAUCACUUAAAUAAGAUUUUGCGAGCUAUUGAACGUGCCAGAGAAUGCAAAGAGAAGCAAGAGCCCACCAUUCACGGAAUUCGAGAGCAUCUUGAACGUCAAGUUGGCUUUCGGAUUGAAGAGAAAUCAUCGUCUUCUAGCAGACCUGAUUCCUGUGUUCAGCGUCCUGGGGAAGAAAAGCACAAGUUCAGUCCAUUGAGAAUUUCCUCAUUUGCCACAUCUCCAAAACCAUCAGCUGUCCGCCCACCUGGACAAAGAACAAUCAUCCCUGAGCAUACUUCUACACCAAAACCCAGGAAGAUUCUUGGAAGUGGAGUUUCCAGAAAGACGUCUAGCAUCACAACACCACCAUUCAGUUCAGAGGAAGAAGCUGAUGAAGAGGAUAUGAAACAGUCUUAUGUAACCCCAGAGACAUUGCAAAAGCAGUCAAAACCAUCAAGCAGUGUAGUCCGUGCUUUUCAGAAGCCUCCUAGCAAAAGCGAUGGGGAUGGGCAGGAGGAAAAUGGAAUUGAAGAAACUGGAACACCUGCCAAAACUGCUAAAGGAACAGUUGUUCAAAAACUGGCCAAACAAGUUGGAGAGAGUCUUUCUAACCAUGGAAGUAAGAACAAACCAGCUGGAGGAAUUAAUGUUGCACAGGCAUUUAUGAAGAAAGAAGAGGUGAAAGAACCAAAGCUCACAGAAGCUGAUGACGAUGAUUGGGAUAUUUCAUCAGUAGAGGAAGACGUUUUAUUGAUGAAAGAUGACAGAGGUCAGAAGGGGAUGACGGUUCAGAAAAAUGAGCCCGGUGGUGCAUCUGUGGUACACGCAUGGGGACUCCCCAAGAAAAGUGCGCCAAAGGAGGAAGGGAGAAGGGAACUCACUUGUCUUGAGAAUAGUAACAACAUUUCAGGCCUUCAUGAAGCUGAUAAUACAAGCACGUUAAAAAGCAGUUUAGUUUCUGUAACAGACUGCAGUGAUUCUUCAGAUAUAUAAUUGUUCCAUUCCUGAUGGGAGCUCCUGCUUUCGGGAUCUGCUGAGGUUCAAAAUGCAGGUGAAAACAAGUGUUUCCCAGUGACUUCUCUCAUUGGUCCUGUAAUAACAAGGAACACUGUUUACAGAGCUCUUGUGUCUUUCAGUCUGACUCUGAAAAAUAGUAUUGAAAUAUGCAUUACUGGCCAUGUCUGUUUGGAAACAAAGUAAUUCUCUCUCUUUGUGGUAGUUUAACCCCAGCCAAGCCCCACGCAGCCGCUCACUCACUUCCUCACCUGUGGAACUAGGGAGAGACUUGAAAGAGUAAAAGCGAGAAAACUCGUGGGUUGAGAUCAAGGCAGUUCAAUAGGGAAAGCAAAAGCCACACACACAAGCAAAGCAAAACAAGGAAUUCAUUCCCUGCUGCCCAUGGGCAGACAGGUGUUCAGCCAUCCCAGGAGAGCAGGGGCCCAUCACAGGUAAUGGUGGCUUGGGAAGACAAAUGCCAUCGCUCCAAAUGUCUUCCUCUUCCUCCUUCUUCCCCCACUGUAUAUACUGAGCAUGAAGUCACAUGGUCUAGAAUGUCCCUUUGGUCAGUUUGAGUCACCCAUCCCACCUGUGUCCCUUCCAAACCUCCCGUGCACCCCCCAAUUUCCUCGCCAGUGUGGUGGUAUGAGAGUAUGAGAAACAGAAAAGGCUCUGUGCAAGCCCUGCUCAGCAAUACCAAAAACAUCUCUAUUAUCAACUCUAUGUCCAGCACAAAUCCAAGACACAGCGCCAUACCAGCCACGGUGAAGAAAAUUACCUCUAUCCCAGCCAAAACCAGCACACUCAUGAGUUCAGUGGUGAAAGUCCCUUUCAUUUCUCUGGAGUGAGGAUUUUCCCUCUAAUGUUUACAUUAAGGAUUGAAACUGGUCUUGCAAGAAAGCCUGUUAACCAAUGAACAGAAUAUACUGCAGAGUAUCACUUUAUACAAUUUUUAAUGCAUAUUUUCUUGUAUUUUAUCAUGAACUUUAUAUAAAAUUGUCAACAUUUUAAAGAAAAUAUGUCCAUGUAUUAAACUGUUAAGUUUCUACCAUGGUUUACAAUAAACACCAAAUGAAAAGAAAAAAGCCUCAGCUCUAAACUAAUCUUCAUUAAGUGCCUCCUAUAUGGAGAUGUUGGUUUGUUGAUUUUUGUUGUUGUUGUUGUGGGGGUUGUUUUUUUUUUUUUUUUAUUGGAGUUGAGUCUUUGUUAGUAUAAAAGGACUACAACUGGAAAAAAAUUACAAUAUCAAGCCACAGUGAGAAAGCACUGACGUGCCAUUGCACAAGUACUCAACAUUUCUAGUUUGUCCAUAUUGGCUGCCUUUUUUAAAAAAAAUGCAGUAGCGUUUCUACUUAAAUGAUGUACAAAAAUAACAUCAAACAAAAAGAACCUUGACUUUGUAGUUCUAAUGUAAUUUAGAUAGUAUCAGAUACAACAUUUUUUCUAUACUGUGCCAUUAUUAAAUAGGGCCAUUCAUUUUUUAUAUUUACACUGUUGCUCCAAAAUUGCCAAUUUUUAUUGAAACUCCACGGAUCCAUCCCUUCAAACUUCACAACAAACCUGGAUUUGUGUCUGAUUUUAGGGAGUCAGUUUAGAAAGCAUUUUGUGGUUAUUUGUAAUCUCUGUUCUCAUUUAUUGACUUGUAUAAAUACUCCCUCAAAAGUCAUCACAUUUCCAUGGACAGACAAAGAAAAAAUACUAGCUGAAUUUUUGAACUGCAGUAUGCCAAUACAGUGUGUGUGGUGCCAUUCCCAUAAGCAGCUGACAUGACAAACUGAAUUAGUAAAUACCUCAUUUAUUUUUUUCAAGAAUGUAACAUCAGCUCAUGAUUGCCAGGUAUAAACUUUACAAUAAGAACAUCAAUCUUACAAUAUUAUAUAAUAAAAUUUACAUCAGUAUGUAAAAA